AUGAAAGACAUAGAAUUAGCAUGCUUCCUGCAACACUUUUUUGAAGCGGGAAUGGGCACUGACAUAGGAGAUGUUCACGCGGCCGCUUCUGGCACCAGCAUCCCUACACGUUGUGGGAGUUUGGUCUUUGUGGGCAACUCGCACACCUACCAGCCCAAAGAGCUUGGUGGAGUGCCAGGUGCCUUUGCCCGGCUGGCAGCAUCUUGCGGGCACUCCGUGUCUGCGGAAAGCGUUACCCAGGGAGGUGCCAACCUGUCUGAUCUCUGGGAAGAGUUCGAGAGCUAUAUGCAGAGACGUGGCACCGAAGGCGUCGCCUUUGACACUGUAGUAUUGCAGGUGGGUAAGGGCUCCGCUGAAGAACGCUUUAUCAUUGGCGAGGUUCUCCGACAUCGCUAUUGCCCACUGCUUUUGAGCCUGGCUUCCAAUCCGCAGGUGGUGCUGUAUCAAACCUGGUCCACAGCUUGGCCAGAGCCCACCGAAGGAGAGGAACUCACCGCUACCCUGGAGGAGUACCGCUCAGUGAUGCUCGCGGCCGGUAUGACAGAAGUGGUGCUGGCCAGAGCUGGCCAUGCAUUCCUUCAUCUCAAAGCUGACAAUCGUAUUUAUCCUGCCUUGUGGAAAGAUGAUAUGGGCCAUGGUUCCGCCCUCGCAGGUGUCCUUGUAGCCGCAGUGCUGGCUUUGGCCUUGAAGUUGACAAAGGGCGAGCGCCUGGGGAGGAUCCUCGAAGCGCUGCUGCCCAGUGCCUGGAGGACGGCGAGUCCCGGCUUUGCAGGUGCUGCAGAAUUUGGGCAGAAAGCUUGGCGCGAAGACGGCAAAGGAGCACCGGCUGCGGUGAUGAAUCUUUUGAACGAUCCCGAGGAAGAUCUACCGAUCAGCAAGUAUCCACCUGGGAUGCGGACAGAGAGAAGAGACUUGCCAUUUGAAUUUGGCUGCUCAAUCGCACCUUGA